AUGGCAGAAAGAGACGACCUGGAACGCACGAUCCGUAUCCUAGUCGCCAUUCUCUAUGCUACAAAGAAUCACUUGCGCGCAUCAUGGGGAGCUGAGAUCAUCCCAGGCAAAGCCAUUAGGCCAGGAACGGGAUCCCCAACGACUAUCCCAGAGUACAGUGAUCUGCUCCCGCAGGGCUUUCGUGGCCUGGAUGACCGCGGAGUUGGUCUAGCGUUGCAACUGACGUUCUUCGUGGAGCAGUACAUCAAGCGCCAGUUCGACCAGGGCGCUUUCCACGGCCCACAAGCUUCCCAGAUGCAGGCGCAAGUCAACACUAUAACCGAUGCAUAUGGCCGUAUGGAGACUAUUCGUCUCACUAGCAUUCCGGUUGCGCUACUCAUCCACCAGAGACAGGUGCUUGCGCUAUUUGGCUGCGUUCUGCCGUUUGCUCUUGUGGAUGAAAUGGGUUGGUGGACCGUGCCCAUCGUGACUUUAGUCACGUUCACGCUUUACGGCAUUGAUGGGAUUGGAGCUCAAUUGGAAGAUCCGUUUGGAUUUGAUAGAAAUGACAUCAGGAUGGAUGCUAUCAUUGAUGAUAUAAGAGAGGAGAUUGUGGUUCUGUUGGAUGAAUGGAGACGGGUGAUCAAAAGGGGAGGCGGAGAGAUGUUUAUUGCGUCACAGGCUGCAAGACAGGGAGUGGGAUUUGCUCCUAGCUGA